UCUAGACACACCUCUUCGCCGUUGAAGAACAAGACAGGAUAGAGUUCGCCGAGGCUGCUGUAGCGGGCUGGCGCGGCCCGCGCCGUCAAUGGUGCUUGACCGUUGCAUUGGAUGCGGGAGGAGAGCGAGGGAAUGGAAUUCCUACUUGAUGCGGUCGACAGGUUCCCGGUGCGGGAGGAGUAUGCCGACAAUCUUGAACACCCAGAUCCAGUCCCGCUGAUGUACCUACUGGAUAAGGUUACUGCUAACACGGCUGUUCACCAAGCGGAUGAUGAUUCUGCGGCAGCUGAGAUGUUGGGGGAUGGUUUUCUCACCGAGGGGCAGGUGGGCGGCCAACGUAGACGUGAGGAAUCUCCGACGAGGUCUGCCCAAUCGACUGGCAAGGUAAAUCCACAGGCCCCCGGCUGGACUAAAAGGUGAGGCUACUGAAUCUAGUGUUACUGCCAUCGCAAGUAUAUGCAGGAUAGAUAUUCUGAUUGAUAUUGAUAGGAUGAACCCCUUGAGUGUGGGUGCUGCGGGGCGGGGAAAAUUACUUGUCGGACCAAAAGCUUUCUGAAAUAGAUAAAUGGGAAGAUAUCCUAGUAAACCAGCAAGGAACAACUGUUGUUUGUAAAAAAUUGGUGUUGUAAUCAUGAUGGUUGAUGAACUUGUGAUUUGCCUUUGGAAAUCAGGGAAAAAAUGGUUACGAGAAAGGUAAUGAUAGGUUAACAUGUUCACGAAUGUAGUGGGAGGCCUGUCAAUUGUUGCUGUUUUAAUGUCUUUCAAACAUUUCAACAGUUUAGCAUUUUGAAAAAUGUUUCAGGCUCCGUCUCGGGAGUGCACCACCCGACCGUGUGCCUUGUCCAUCUAGGAUGAGCGCCCUGGAGCUAUCAAUGCGCAAAUAUGCCGAGCAACCAGACAAGAGUGUGGUGCAUCCUGAGCUAGGUCUCACUUUUGAUUCACUUGGUGAGGCAUAUGAUUUCUACAACUUGUAUUCCUAGGAAAUUGGAUUCGGAAUAAGAUAUGGAAAAAGCAGGCUAAAUGCUGAGAGGAGGAAAACCAUGCAGGAAAUAGUAUGUGGUUGUUCGGGUAAACCAGAUGCCGAGAAUAGCAGGUCAUGCAGGUGCGAGUGCCCGGCUCUAAUCAGAUUGCUUCGUUCGUCAGACAAUAGUUGGUACAUAACGGAGCACCGGGCGAGCCACAAUCAUUCUAUGUCGCUUACAAUGGGAGAAAAAGUGCACUGGCCAUCGCAUAAGCACAUAGACGUCUACACCAAAGACUUAAUAAGGCAGUUGAGGGAGAACAACGUCAACCUAGGCAAGGUUUAGAGCAUAAUUGGUAGCUUCUUCGUUUCGGUUGAAAAGGUUCCAUUCACUAAAAGGACACUCAGAAACAUUUGUGGAAAGAUUAGUCGCGAGCAAGCCGAAGAUGAUGUACGGAAGACACUGCAGGUGUUCGCCGACAUCCGGUCGAAGGACCCUGACUUCUCCUAUGUGGUUCUGGCUGAGAAGGACAGCAAGGUGAAGAAUCUCAUGUGGGCAACUAGGAGCAGCAGGAUGCAGUACAGGUUCUUUGGCGACGUGGUGACAUUUGACACCACGUACAGAACAAAUCUGUAUGACAUGCCAUUCGGUCUUUUCGUUGGAGUUAACAAUCACUAUCAGAGUAUCAUCCUGGCAGGAGUUUUGAUGCGUGACGAGCAAGAGGAAAGCUUCGAAUGGGUGUUUACAGAAUUCAUUCGCAUGAUGGGCGGACCUGCGCCAAAGACAAUACUCACAGACCAAUGCAGAGCUAUGGAGGUUGCAAUCAAGAAAAUUUAUCCAAACACUGUGCACCGAUGGUGUAAGUGGCAUGUUCUGAAGAAGGCGAAGGAAACACUUGGGCCGCUUUACACGAAGAAGAGUGAUUUCCAGUCUGAAUUUCACAAAGUUGUUAAUCACAUGAUAACUGAAGAGGAAUUUGAAACAGCAUGGGACGGCCUGCUUGAUAAGUACAAUCUGAGGGGUCAUAACUACAUGACACAAAUAUAUGAGACAAGACAUAAAUGGGCAAAACCAUAUUUCAGAGGAGUGUUCUGCGCAAAGAUGACAAGUACACAGAGGAGUGAGAGCGCAAACCACAUGCUGAAGUCAUACAUGCCCCCCGCCAGCCCGAUGCACGUUUUCGUCCGUCAAUACAUGAGGCUUCAGUUCGACCGUGAGCAUGAUGAAAGCUACGAGGAGAAGAGAACAAUGAUUGGGUGCGCAGUGCGGCGGACAAACCUUGCAAUAGAGCGGCAUGCAAGCAAAAUAUAUACAAGGAAUAUGUUUGAGGAAUUUGGACGCUUACUAAUAGAAGCAACUGCAUACAAUGUUACUGAAAAAGAAAAUAUGAGGAAAUAUAUAACUACUCACAAUAAUGCAGCCAAACGAGAGAAGUGGAGCAGGGUGGAGUAUGAAGUUACAGUUAACGAAGACAGAACAAUAUUCACGUGCGAAUGUGGUCAAUUUGAGCACACAGGCAUGCUUUGCUGCCAUGCUUUGCGGGUGAUGGAGAUUCUACAUCUUGAUGAAAUCCCUAGAUAUCAUAUCUUGAAAAGGUGGACAAGAGAUGCUAGAGAUGUACUACCGGAGCACCUGGCUCAGUACCAGAAAGACAAAUCGCAUAAUUUGUCUUUCACGUACAGGCAUUCAACAUUAUAUUUUAAAGCCAUGGAAGCUGUUCGGAUGGGGGAUGCAAGUGCUGCAUGCUAUGACUACAUGAAUUCUGGACUCGACUCCCUGCUGCGGGGUGGAGCACCUCUGGCGGCCGUGCGUGAUGGAUUGGCAUUCGAGGAUCGUCUAAAUGACAAUGGAAAUGUUAGUGCAACGUGUAACGGCCAAAAUGAUAAUGCAGUUCAGGAGGCUGAGCAAUGCAACAGUGCUGUGAAUUCUGUGGGCAUGAAUGAACUUCACUGCCUUGCAGCUCCGGAAAAGCGUAGAGGUGCUGGUAGGCCGACAAGCAGCAGGGAGAAGGCACCAUAUGAAGGGCUGAGUAAGAGAACCAGGUUCUGCAGCAUUUGCCGGCGCGAGGGGCACAAGAGGACGACAUGUCCAGAACGAGGGGAUGCUCCGAAGAAGCCGCGGAAGCCAAGCAAGUGCAAGAACCGCGGAAUAGAGGGGCACCGGCGGAACACAUGCAAGAGGCCUCUUGGGUUUGCCGAGAGCUGAGCAGUGCAAUCUCCAUUCAAUGACUCUGAUUUCUUUUUUUCCGUGAGUCAUGUAUCUCAUUUUCCUGAUAUUGCUUUGAUGAGGCAAGGAGAAAAAAAGGGGUGAUGCUGUGGGAAGAAAAUGUAAUUUGGUCUGAGAUAAACUGUCCAUGUUUUCAACAAUGGUCGCGUGUGUCUUUGAACACAUGUAAGAAUUUAUCGUUUCAAGAACAAUUUUGUAGUUCCAAUGUUUUUUAGAAUAAGUGUUUCGCUCUUGUAAGGGCGAGAGACAAUUAGGUCUGUUACCAUACUUUGUUUUCUGGGGCAAUAUUUGAUAUUUGGGAACAUAUUCGUUUGAAUCAGAUGUAAUU